UAGUAAACUAGUUGUCUUAUUCAGGUGGCAUUGACUUGUGCUUUUUGUUUGUUGACAAGUUUGCAUUCACUUGUUAGUUCUGUCGUAUUUAUUAAUAAAUCCUGAUUACUUUAUUUAUUUUCGUCUAUUACCUGUAAAUAAAAUGGAUGGGAUAGAAGUUCCGCCUGUCCCAAAGCGUGUAAUCGAAAGAGAAAAGCCAGUUGAACGACACACUGAAGAAAAAAUUUCAGAAGGACAUGAACCAACUUUCCCAAUUACGCGGAAAGGAGUCCUCACUUCUCUUGUCACUGGAAAGGCAAUGGAAAUUCCGGAAAAGGAUUUGUUUGGACGUUGCCGUUUUGUAUCAGAAUUCGAAAAACUGAACAGGAUUGGAGAGGGCACUUAUGGAAUCGUGUAUCGUGCCAAGGAUACGACCACAGACAAGAUAGUUGCGCUGAAGAAGGUUCGGAUGGUGCAUGAAGUGGAUGGAAUGCCGUUGAGUGGUCUACGAGAGAUAUCAGUAUUAUUGAGGUGUAAUCAUGAGAAUAUUGUACAACUCAAAGAAGUUGUCGUUGGAAAAAGCCUUGAAAGCAUUUUCCUCGCGAUGGAAUACUGCGAGCAAGAUUUAGCCAGUCUAUUGGACAACAUGCAGAAUCCAUUUUCUGAAUCGCAAGUUAAAUGUAUCAUGCUGCAAGUACUGAAAGGUCUGAAGUAUUUGCAUCAAAACUUUAUUGUUCACCGUGAUCUCAAAGUAUCCAACCUUCUCAUGACUGACAAGGGCUGCGUAAAAAUAGCUGAUUUUGGCUUGGCUCGUUGGUUUUCACUGCCAGUGAGACCUAUGACACCGAAAGUUGUGACGUUAUGGUACCGUGCGCCUGAACUUCUCUUGCAAGCCAGAACUCAGACAACAUCGGUCGAUAUGUGGGCUGCUGGAUGUAUACUCGGCGAACUAUUAGGCCACCAGCCGCUGCUGCCGGGCACGUCGGAGAUCGCGCAGCUGGAGCAGAUCGUGGACCUGCUCGGCACUCCGUCGGACGCCAUCUGGCCGGAGUACUCGUCACUGCCGGCCCUCGCCAACUUCAGCCUCAAGGCGCAGCCCUACAACAACCUCAAGCAGAAGUUCCCCUGGUUGUCGCCGGCCGGCCUUCGCCUGCUCAACUUCCUCUUCAUGUACGAUCCCAAGAAGCGCGCCACCGCCGAGGAGUGUCUGCAGAGCUCCUACUUCAAAGAGCAGCCGUUACCUUGUGAUCCGAAGAUGAUGCCUAGCUUUCCGCAGCAUCGCAACCUGAAAGCUGGCAACAAGGCCAAUCCAAAUCAAAGUGGUGGUGGUGGUGGUACUAGUCAAGGAGGUGCUACAGACACAGGCGUCAUGGACCAAACUAUGAAUUUGCCUACAAUUUCCGAUCUGCUUGGUUCGUUGGUGAAAAAACGAAGGAUGGAUUAAUCAAUUCAUGGAAACAGCAUUCCUGUUUUUAAAGUAAUGUUUUUGUAAAUUUUCUUUUAAUACGAUACAAUAAAGUGUGUGAAAUAUCUACUUUUAUACGUGAUUUUCUUGAAUAAUAUAUCAUAUUAGACCAGUAUAGUUUUAUUUUUCAUCAUCAGAUGAGGUAAAUAAUUGUUGUCUUAACGACACAUUUCAGUUGUUUGAGGAUUUAAAUUUAUUUCUUAUGCAUAUCCAGCUUACAACGUUCAACUAGUAGAAUUUAUUUCAUAGUCAUCCUUGUGGCCCUUCUAAAGCUUUAUUCAAUAUUGAUGUUGAUUCAGUUUAUCUACAUUUUAUCUCAUUCAAUGUUAACUUUGUUUCCAUUAGUUUCAACAACCCAUCAAGUUUACAAAUCUUGGGAGUUUUUUUUAUCUGAAUCAUAAGAAUAUGUGUUUUAAAUUCAAAUCUAUUAUUCUCAUCAUAUGUCGGCAUUCUCAUAGCGUAAUGUAACUUCUCCACUCUCCAUUUACCCCUAGGCAGAUUCACACGCAUCAGCAUCAAAUUCAGUGAAAUUACAAUUUCCACGAGUCAUAAUGGGACUAUUUCCACUUAGCCCUGGCCGAGCGAAUAUGGAUAGUCCAAUUAGAACUUAUAUAGUGUGGUCCACCUUAUAAUGGCAGUGGAUGAAGAUAGAAUAGCGAUGCCGAUUUUCUGCAUCAAUUAAUUAUACUGUCAAAAAACAUAAUUGUCAUCGUUGUGGACCUAGAAAAGGAUAGUACCACCGGCUUUGUCAAAUGAUAGACAAGGAUAGCAAAACCAAAGUUGAUCAAAUACUGUCAUUAUAACGUGGACCUCACUAUAGGAAUAAUAUUCUCACUGUACCGGAUACUUUCACUGAUACUGAUGUGUGGGAAUCCGCCUUUAUAUCCGUCACCCGCAUCUCUUUUCCAGUCUUACACACAAAUGAUUUGCCUCCACCCCAAAGUCAAAACUAUUAAUGCAUGCCAAUAUUUCGUGUCACAAAGUAAAUUAAUUUACAUUUAGUGGUAUGAAAUAUUAUUCAAGGGUUGUUUUUUACAGUUUUAAUUUUCAAUAUGUAUCAAUAGUUCACAUAAAAGGUUCCUAAUACUUUGUGAUGGAUUUUGUUAUUUUCUUAAGGUACAUAUAUAGAAUUGACUUCCAUAUUAAUAACAUUGAAAUUUCAAUACUACUGUAUACAGCACUCAAAUAAUAUUUCUAGUCUAAAUAACAUUUCUAUAAAAUUCAGAAUUAGAAAAAUUAUUCUAUAUACUUUUUUUUUAAAUUCUCAAUAUCCAAUAAACUCAUUCGAAAAAUUGUAAUUAGUAUUCAACAGUUCUAAGAAGUCUAUAACAAUUAUUAAAAUAUUACAGUGUACAAAAGAAAUGCUAUUGAAAUGGCAGUUUAGCAAUUAUGAGUAACCUACAAACUAGUUUCAAUAGUCUAAGUAGUAUCACAUGAAAUUUUCAAAUUACUGUUGAGAAUGAAUGAAUUUAGAAACAGAUUAUGAAAAAAUCUCUUGACACCGAUCGCGUUUAAAAGUUUCUUUCAAUUAUAAUGAAUGUACUAAUCAACCCAAUUUAUCAAUUUACAAUUAUUAUGAUACUGUGAAAUAAAUCAGUAUAAAUUAUUGGAAAGCACAUGAAUUCUAUCGAUAAAAUAGUCAAUUUCUCAAGAUUGGAUGGCUCAAAAAUACAGAAAAUAAUUUUGAGUUUCCUAAGUAAGGCCGGCCACUCAAGUGUGUCGAACAUGUGUGAACACGUUCGACAGACAAGUUGUGUCAUCAACGAAAGGCUUUGAACAACAUUUUUUGGGUGCGUUUUUGUUUAUGUAUCUUGAUUUUUUGUUUAUUUUUUCUUCGCUGCUCUAUUUGAGGGCAAAUUUGGUUAAUGAGGUUAUUUUUGAGUGGCUUAUUUAUUUUUAUUGGUUUACUUUGUGUUAGAGGCUGUUGUCAAACCUUUUUUACGUUCGAAGCCAUUCGCGUAAAUGUAUUUUCAAAUACAUAUCCGUUCACACAUGUUCGACACACGUGGCCGGCCUUGGAUAAAACAUUUUUUUCAACUAUACAUUUUUAA